CAGCCGUCACCAGCGCUAAUAUGGCUCCUAAGCACGUGACCCGGGGCAAACGGAUUUCCGGUUUCCGGGACUACGAGGCGGAAGCGAGGGCAGACGCAGUCUCCGUCGUUGACGUUAGUCGCAGUCUUCUCUACUGACGUUCUGUUAUGAGUUGCUAAAAUGGUGAAAUGCUGCUCCGCCAUUGGAUGUGCUUCUCGCUGUUUGCCAAAUUCGAAGUUAAAAGGACUGACAUUUCACGUAUUCCCCACAGAUGAAAACAUCAAAAGGAAAUGGGUAUUAGCAAUGAAAAGACUUGAUGUGAAUGCAGCCGGCAUUUGGGAGCCUAAAAAAGGAGAUGUGUUGUGUUCGAGGCACUUUAAGAAGACAGAUUUUGACAGAAGUGCUCCAAACAUUAAACUGAAACCUGGAGUCAUACCUUCUAUCUUUGAUUCUCCAUAUCACCUACAGGGGAAAAGAGAAAAGCUUCAUUGUAGAAAAAACUUCAGCCUCAAAACCCUUCCAGCCACUAACUACAAUCACCAUCUUGUUGGUUCUUCCUCAUGUAUUGAAGAAUUCCAAUCCCAGUUCAUUUUUGAACAUAGCUACAGUGUAAUGGACAGUCCAAAGAAACUUAAGCAUAAAUUAGAUCAUGUGAUCACUGAGCUAGAGGAUACAAAGGAAAGUCUACGGAAUGUUUUAGACCGAGAAAAACGUUUUCAGAAAUCAUUGAGGAAGACAAUCAGGGAAUUAAAGGAUGAAUGUCUGAUCAGCCAAGAAACAGCAAAUAGACUGGAUGCUUUCUGUUGGCAGUGUCGUCAGGAGAGCAUAGAACGGGACUAUAUUUCAUGAAAUAAUUUUAUGUUCUACCUAAAAUUGUCAUUGGUACAGAUUUUUAGAAAAUCUCAUUUACCGUCAGUAAAUUAUAUCCAUCAUUUAAAGUGCUGCUUUGGAUUCUCUGGAUGCAUCGUAGUUGUUAUCCAAAGACUUUUUUGAAAGUGUGCAAAAAUGUGUGGUAAUUACAUAUUUGUGUGACUUGUGACGAUUAUGUUUUUAUAGACCUAUACUAAUGCCGGGUCACUAUUGUAAGAUGUUAAACUCUCAAGAAAAUGUCACAGAGCUAAAGAAAUGAUGUCAAAUUAGUCACAUUAAACUAUAGUAGAAGAAAUUUGACACUUCUCCAGCAACAUCAGAUUUUUGGCUUCAAAGGAAUACCUUUACUUACAUGUGGUUAUGGUAAGUUCAUUGAAUUUUACUUUAAAUGCAUUUUACUACAAAGCACAAUUCAUUUACAAUACAUAUCCAUCUGGAUUCAAUCCAAGGUGCUUUAGCUAUUAGUAAUACCAAAGGAUCUUUUUACAAGGCUUCCUGUGGUAUUGACUCUGAGAAUAACACAUGGUGAAGAUCUAUUGGCUUUUAAAAUUGUUCAGAGCCAAUUUAAGAAGACCCCUCGUGAAGUCUCAGUUUUCAGUACAUCAUUCCUCCUCACUAGGAGCACUUUGAUGUAAACCAGAAUAGCUUUAAGAGACAAAAAAUGUCAUAAAUCUGAUUUGUAAAUGGUUAGUUGCUCUGACAGGUCUGAACACUUUGCUUCAUGACUAUUUCCUCAUAAAGGUAUAUCUAAAAUCAGAAUGCCAGCACUAGCUCUAUACUUUCAAGGCCGCUUUGUAUUUUAUAUCUAAAGUAGUAUCGCUGACAUUCUUUAAAAAUACGAAAUAUAUGGCACCAGCUUCAUCUGUGAUACCCAUCAAGAAAUGUUCUCUGGUUUUAUUUUAUGCUGAAAGUAGAACACAAAUCACAUUUUAAAAAAAUACAAAAUAUAAAAGAAGCCACUAAAAAUAAUAAUUGUGGCUCUUGCAGUUGAAACAGGAAUUGGAGACAAAGGAUUAGAAUAUUUUAAUUAGGGGAGUAGAUUAUUGUCCAAGGGAUUUUAUUUAGAGAAAUGGGUUAUUAAAACAGCAGCUUUAGAAUAGCUUCUUACCGAAUAUGGAAAAGAAUAAUUCCUUGUUAUUUCCUAAUUGAUCCAAGUGUCAUAAAUUUAGCUUUUCUCAUAAUUCCUUACCAAAGACAACUGAAAUUAUAGUCAUAAAUACCAUGGACUAGAAUAAAAACCAUUUGCCAAAGCCACACUCUACUUAGAAGCACAUAUACAUACAUGAACCUCAUUCAGAAGUCCAUGCUGUAGCCGUUAGAAUGUGAGUAUCAGUUGUUUCAUCAUAGUAACAAAAAUUGAAGUGUGUUUUCUGCUUAUUUGUUUAUUUGUUUAUUGUAAUUUUAUUUGUGUUACAUUAAUAUUAGUUAAGAUAUGGUCACUUGAAUUUUUUGUAUUUAAGAAUUUUCUGUUUUAAUGCAUGUUACACUUUUAUGUAGGAUUCUAAACCUUCCCUCUAAAUGGGAUUUAACUCACAUCUGCAAGAUCAGCAUUAUGCUAAGAGGAAAUCACUGAGGCCAUAUUUUUUUUCCUACCUGGAAAAAAAAAAAACCCUGACCAGGCACAGUGGCUCAUGCCUGUAAUCCUGGCACUUUGGGAGGCCAAGGCAUGUGGAUCACUUGAGGUCAGGAGUUCAAAACCAGCCUGGCCAACAUGGUGAAACCCCAUCUCUACUAAAAAUACAAAAAAAAAAAUUACCCAGGCAUGGUGGCACGUGUCUGUAAUCCCAGCUACUCAGGAGGCUGGGGCAAGAGAAUUGCUUGAACCCAGGAGGCAGAGGUUGCAGUGAGCCAAGAUCAUGCCACUGCACUCCAGCCUGGGAAACAGACCAAGACUUCAUCUUAAAAAAAAACAAAAACAAAAAAAACUCUCAUUAGUUACCCAUUAUUUAUUUUAGUUACUUAAUUUUUACUUCGUAAGUGGACACCCUAAUGGAAAGUUUGGGUAUGAUCUUAGGUUUUAUGGAAAUGUUUUGAAUAGAGAUUAUUUUUCCCUCAUCCUAUUGUGAAUAUAUAAAGUAAGUCAGUGGACAAUGGAGAAAAGUAAGAGGGUAGAUCUAAACACAGUAUGUCUGAAUUCUAGCAGUCUACUGGCUGUUUAGAAUACACCAAGCCUAGAAGACAUUUCCAAGAGUAAAAUCCCAGUCUGCCACUAUCAAAAUUGCCACAGUCACUUUUACUUAUAUUCAUAAUAUACUCAGCCCUUGUCUUCUUUUUCACUGGACCUAGUAUAACUGAGAAAUAAAUAACCACGGGCAAAAUAUUGGUAUCAUUAAGGACCCAGAGCUGCCCAUUUUCUCUUUAUACUGAAAGGAAAACAAUUACUGAUAGAAAUCUGAGAUUAAAAAUAGGGUCCUCCCUGCUGCUCCAAACAAAUGCCUAAACAUAGUAUGCAUCUCAGUCCUCUGUUCUCAGAGAUUCCAGCCUAGCCCAGGAAACAACUGUCCUGUAUAAAGCAAAACCCAAGUCUUCCCCCUCCAGAAGUUCCUCUGGCAGCCAAGGCUGACCUGAGGGUUCAUUCCACUUUGCUUUAAAAGCUAGGCAUGGCCUCUAGAGCCAGGAACACAGUACAACAGUUCAACCUCAGCACCAAGUCAGGUACGAAACACUCGAUAUGUGGAAUUUUUCUCUAUGUCAAGUUUAAAUUUCUGGAAAUAGACUUUGGUUGCUAGUGAUAAUUACAGUUAUACCAUAGUCUGUAAUUUGAGAAAAGGUGAAAUGUCUUAAAUAUAUGUUUAGUUUUAAUAAAAAGAUAAAAUUAUUACAGAAAUAAUUGAGAGAGAGAAAAUCCAUUAUCUUCCAUUAUUUAUUUGAAAAAUAACAUUUUCUCCAGUAAUGUGUUAUGUGGUUUUUUAUACAUUGUUAUUCAAUAAAACGAACAGAGAAAUAUGAAGAGUAUAUACAUAGAGGUUUUGCUCUAAUUUCUUCCACGUCUUUUCCCUAACUCUAAUACAGGGUCUGCAAGUUCAGAUGGCCCAGAUAGCAGGCCAGCUUUCAGCACAAUAAGGACCUACCAUAGAGCCCUUUUCUGCUUUGGCCCUCACUCAAAACUAGCAGAUUUGAUGUUACCCAGUAUAUAAAGGAAAGCAGUAUCCCUAGGUGUGAAAUAUACUGCCUUCAGAACCCAAAGAGGCCUGUCAAGCAUUGUGCUUUUUUAUUCAUAGUGGAACAUGCAAAUUGUAAUAAUUUAUCUCUUACUUGAGAGGGGAUGUCUUAGCAUGCCCCAAAUCACUGGACACUUCUCCUCGCAAAUUUUACUGAUGUUAUAGGCCCCUGAAUUUCAUGAGUUUUAUCUCACCCUCUGGAGCACAUAUGCUUUAUCAAGCCCUCCAAUUAACUAGUCGUCCCAUUGAAUUAACAUAAUCCAUCAGUAAAGUGAACUAAGUGAUUUUCCAUAGAAUGUCUGUCUGGUCUAGAGUAUUUCAAUUAUAACAGAAGCAAGAUCAUUAACUUUGCCUUGGGAACAAGACCACAUAUGUUUACUGUUUUGUUUUUUUUUCAUGUGAUUGUGAGCUGUUUCUGAUCCUUUAGCAGGGACGGAAAAGCAGGUACCCACCAGAUCAGUGGUUGUAUGGCAUCUACCCAUAGCCAUGUUAAUCUCUUCUAACAUGUUAAUCUCUUCUAACAAACUAGUCGGUUGAAUUUUUCCUUAGUCCAACUGUCAUCUUGCAAGAUCUGUCUAAAUUUUUGCAGGGACCAGAAUGGUGAAUUAAAUGAAAAGAGAUGGUGGAGGCCACCACUCAGGUCUAUCUUAUAGGUCUGUAAAGGUAGCACCUUAGUGAGCCCCACAGGAAACUGAAACAGGUAGUACACAAAAAUGAGUUAACAUAGGCACGAGACUGCUAUCCUCGGAAAGGCCUGCAAGGUUGCAAGGUUGGUUCUUGAGUGGCAUCUGGGAACUUGGAUUUGGGGAGGGCUCCCACCAUUCCCUAACUGAUAAGAGUAGCUCACUGUGCCAGACUGUUUGUACAGACAAUGUGGUUUAGGCUGAAUACCUACCUUCCCUCUGGGAGUCUGGAUUUGACAAUGUGUUAUGUAAAUGGGCCUGUUCGACCAGCCCCAAAUAAAACCUUGGACAUUGAAUCUUUAA